AUGAUUAAUUUCAAAUAUCGUUCAGUUAUUCUACGAACACUUUUCUGUUUACUCACUGCAGUUAUUCUUCUUCUGAUUCUGAGUAAUAACGAUCUUCUAUCUUCUAAACUUCGUGCAAAUUCGACUUCCAAAGUGAGUAGAUGGCGAAAGGAUCGUCUUGUGAUCAUUCCUGCAAUCUACCAAGAAAUCGAUUGGUAUAAACCUUCGACUUGGCCUAAUUGGUUAAAAAUUGGAUUAGAUAUGUUCAAUACAAGUUCGUCACGACCGUACGACAUAUAUCUUUAUCAACGAGCAGAUCCGGAAUCGAAAGCACCUUUCAAUUGGCCCUACUGUAAGAACGUACAUGAAGAAGCUGGCGUUUAUCUCAAGUUCAUUUACGACUUUUAUUAUGAUCUACCCGACCGUAUGCUAUUCAUUCAUGGACGACCGGAAAGACACGGGCUCUAUCCAAUUGAAGCAGCACAAUGCGUUCGCGAUGAUGUUUACUAUACAAGUGUGAAUAACGUUUGGUUUCAAGAUCGACCUUGGGUAGCCGGGAAAAUCGAUCCUGUGGACAAUAUCACAGUGAUGUACAAAUGUGGUGUAUACUUGUUGAGUUUGUUCGGUUUCGAUGGAGAAUUACAAUUGAAUCCGAAAAAAGUAGUUCCGAAAGAUAUGAGCAUUUUCUCUAUCUUAUGUUGUGCGCAAUUCUAUGUGAGAAAGGAACGUAUUCUUCACUACACAUAUGAACAGUGGUCUGCAGUGUAUAAUGCCAGUCUUCAACCGUAUUGUACGACUCCUCUUGAUCGAGAAAUUCUAGGAACGAAUCUUUUGAGGACAUUUGGUAGCGCAAUGGAAAUUCUUUGGCAUAUUAUUCUCGGAUUUGGACCAGCGGUCGUACCGCUACCACGAGCCAAAACAAAUACUGAUCUUUGUCACAUAUUUCGUUCGUCUUGCUUUGGAUCGCUGUGUGGUGCAUACGUUACAGGAAUAAAACCUGGUUCUUACGAUUAA